UGACAGUGACAGGCUGGGUGGAACCCUUCAAAGUUGUAGAGUCUUGUAGGAGAGUGAGUUUGAAACGGUGCAAGUUUUGAUUAGGUGGUGGUAAUUGUUGUGUAAAAGAGGAGGAAGAAGUUAAAGAGAGAGAGAAAGAAAAAAGUUAAAGAGAAGAUAUUGCACUUAAAAAGGGGUUUAAUCGGAAAUAGAGGUAUCAUCUCGUUGCACUUAGGGGUCUGCUGUUGUCUGUGUGACUGGCAAAUUGCAGGAACGAAGUGACAGGAACUACAAAACCAUGAAAGCGAAUGCUCAGGUUGUUGAAGUGAAUUUUACACCCUUAAACCCAACACAACAAGUGCCGCAGCCGGGUAAGCACAAAGUACCCAUGACUGCUCCAAAGGCCCAGAAGGUGAAAUGGCUAUCCAAGAAAAUCAAGGCCAUCAUUACGGUCCUGAUUGUUUUGGUCAUACUGGCCAUUCUGGCUGUGGCUGCUUAUUUCAUCAAGCAGCUGAUCGACAGUAAGUAUUUCUUUUGCUCCAGAUCAGUGAAGUUCAUUCCAUUGAAUAAGGUCUGUGAUGGCAACGAGGACUGCAGCGGAGCCGAGGAUGAGUCUGCUUGUGUAAUGAAGUACAAAGCCAACUCCACCUUCCCUUUGCGGCUUAUCUCAUCACGUAAUGUCCUUCAGGUUUACAGCCCUAGUGAGGGUAUAUGGAAAAGUGUGUGUUCAGAGGGUUUCGCCAAAGAACAUGCCAAUACCGCAUGCAAACAGCUGGGAUACACAGUUGAUCCAUCUUACAACACAGUUCAAGUGGGUCUUCUGUCCUCUGGUCUGAAGAUGUCUUUCUGUGCUGUGGGCUCAAAUAAACCUCAGACAUUUCUGUCCACCAUCUCAGAUCGCAAGGUGUGCAGUACAGGAACAGUUGUCACAUUAACAUGCUCAGUCGACUGUGGUGUGAGCAGAAACCAGAACAGGAUUGUUGGUGGACAGGAUGCAAUAAUUGAGAACUGGCCCUGGCAGAUCAGCCUGCAGAGUAGCGGUCAGCACACGUGUGGAGGGUCACUGGUGUCUCCACGCUGGGUUGUCACUGCAGCCCACUGCUUCAAUGGGGAGGGUCAGAAGGACCUGAGCAUAUGGAAGGUUGUCUCUGCAAACACAUAUUUGGGAUCUUCUGGGGCUUAUUCUGUGGACAAGAUCAUCAUCAAUGGAGAUUACAACUCAAAGAAUGACUACGAUAUUGCCAUGAUAAGACUCCAGUCGCCUAUUACUGUGGGAGAAUCCCGUAAGCCAGUGUGUCUGCCCCCUCAAGAUCUUGGCCUCAAAGUAGGAGACAACUUAGUCGUGACCGGCUGGGGCAAGCUGAAGGAGAACGGAAACAUGUCUCCAAACUUACAAAAGGCUCAGAUCCCUCUGAUAGACAGAGACCAGUGCAUGGCCUUUGGGAACAGUGUGACUCCCAGGAUGAUUUGUGCAGGUUUUCUAACGGGCCAGGUGGAUUCAUGCCAGGGAGAUAGUGGUGGUCCUCUGGUGUAUUCAUCUAGCCGCUGGAUGUUGGUGGGGGUCGUGAGCUGGGGUUUGGGCUGUGCCAGACAAGGUCAUCCUGGUGUCUACACCAAUGUGGACCAGAUGCUCGACUGGAUCCAUUCGGUCACGCAGGAAUUUCAGUGAGUCUGAUGGGAAGGAGGACACACCCGAGUCAAACCCUCAGCAUUCAUCACUGAUACACAAAGAUCUUCAGUGCACAAAAGUAGAUGUCAGACAGAUGACACGCACAUACACACAAAAACAUGCUGGUGCGGCAAUCCUUAUGAGGACUCUCCAUAGACACAAUGACUUUUAUACUGUACAAACUGUAGAUUCUAUCCCCUAACCCUACCCCUAAACGUAACCCUCACAAAAAACUCAGCAUGUUUACAUUUUCAAAAAAUCAUAGUUUAGUAUGUUUUUUAAGCAAUGUGAAUUAUGGGGAUACUAGAAAUAUCCUCAUGAUCAAUCAGGAAUCGCUGUGGCAGUAGUUGGUCUGUGCUCAGGGUUACGUGAUACUCUCAAAGGUGCCACAAGGAAUAUUUUGCACACUGAACUAUAUAAUAAAUAAGCACACUAAAUAAUUGCUAAGAGAUUAGUGAAUGAUCUCUUCUGUGCGGUCAUCACUGCUUUUGUGGACUGCAACAAUGAACUGUAAAGUUUUAAAUCAUAGUGAUGUUUAUUUAGAAACAUUUAAAAGCCACAAGUAUUUUUUUUUUUUCUUCCACAGAUGUACUGUACUUUUGCUGUAGUAUGGGCUUGAAAGAAAAUAAUUCAUAUGAUUUUGGGUGCCGUGAUACAAUCUUGUAUUAGAGCCUGUCGUCUGUUGUGUCUGCCAAAAUAACACAGUGCCUUUAAAAUGUUAUAAACAAAGAUUUUAUGUCAAGCAUCAGAGGUCAAAAUGUCAGAUUAUGGUAUCAGUAGGCCUACACGGAAUCCACAGAUUUCUACAGAAUUUGAACAGCUAUAAUUUAUUAAGUUCUACUCACUCCCGGCCCCUUCCAUGUUUGUGUAUUACAGAUUAUCAUUUCUCUUUACGUUUACAUAUUUUAAACUUGACACUUAAAGUAACUUAUAGAUGUUGGUUGUUAAUAUACAUGUAAAAUAAUUAUUAAAUGUUUUUGUAAAAAUUGUAAAUUAUUCCACAUUAUGUUGUCUGUAUUUCAUGUCAGAUGCAUAAUAAUAAAGUGAAGAACAGUGA